AUGUUCUUGUCUCUUUCUUCCACCGCUCCUCCGGCUCCAGUGUCUGCAACCAGUUCUGUCUUCGCCCCACGCAGCAGUGCGCCCGCUGCUUUCAGUCUUGCCGUCGGUGGCGUCGCUACCAACCCGCCCACCAAUUCCGUUGUUCGGAUGGUCAAGGAUAUGACAGCGAAUAAGGCGAGGGUGCCCAAGCCACUAGCCGACGCGAUAGUCAAGGUGGUUAAGGAGGCUGUGGAUCCCUCGCAACUGGCGCAAGCUAUUGCGAUGACCGAAGACUCAGCUAUGAAGGAACUCCUCAUUGUUAGUGCAGCCAAUCUGACCAGCAAGGUUCUGGAUGGCAUGACAAUCAACAAUAACGACCGCAAUCAAGAGAUCUGGGACAUCCAACCCAGCCUCAAGCUUGCGGAGGAGGAGCUUUUUCAAGGGACGGGCUCAAAGCUGAACGAGGCGCUGCUGCAAAACCAGAAGAUUAAGCAUCUGCAGAACGAGAUUGACUCACUUCGGGAGUGGUUGAAUGAGGUUGGACUGGGCCAUGCUGAGGCCAAGCAGGAGCUUGAGGAGACUCAGUCCAAGUUGGAGAGAACGCGGGCGAAGCUGGUGAAGAGUCGUCGUGAGCUUGCUCAAGUCAAGGGGGCUUUCAGGACGAUGCAUGCUGCUUUGGAGAAACAGGGGAUCAAGAUUGAUGUUUGUCUGGGAGAUGACGAGGGAGAUGAGUCGGAAGAUUCGGACGAGGAUGAGGAGGACUAUGGGGACGAGGAAGAAGAGGAGGAUGGCGAAUAG